CAUUCAUUGAUAGACAAAGGAUAUUCUUAUAGCCUUCUGCACUGUUGGCUUGGAACAGGCUUAUUAACUAGUAUUUCAAUCUGUCAAGAGAGAAACUGAAAUUUUAAGAAUUUACUGUUACAGUGAAUUGCUCAUACUGGAAAUAAAUGGAAAACCAGAAGAAAAAUGAUAACUCCAACUUUCCAUUAUCGAAUAUUAGAUCAGUUUAUUCCGAUAUUUGAUAAAAAUUCGAAGAUCUUCGUUACAAAUCUAAAAGAAUAUCUCGAUAAAGAAUGGAUUGACGUUACACAUCUCGUCAAUCUCUGCACUUUAGAUAUCAUUAGCGAAACUGCAAUGGGUAUUGAAAUGAAAUCGCAAAAUAAAAAUAAAGGUUAUUAUCUCAAUGCUUUGCAAGAAUUUUGCGAUAUAUUUAUGGUUAGGUGUAUGAAACCAUGGCUUUACAGUGAUUUUAUCUUCUCCCAUACAUCAGAUGGAAAAAAAAUAAAGGAAGUUAUAUCAAUUCUUCAUGAUUUUACUUCAAAAAUAUUAAAACAAAGAAAGGAAGAGCUAAAAAAAGAGAAGACACGUGAGAAGAAUUGUUCAGAAAUUUGUGAAGACAAAAGAAAGGAACCUCUUCUCAAUACUUUAAUUAAAUAUCAAUUUGAAAACUGCAAUUUUACUGACAAAGAUAUAUGCGAAGAAUUGGACACUUUCUUGUUUGAGGGUCAUGACACGACUUCAGUAGGUAUAUGUUGGGUUCUUUAUUAUUUAGGACUUUAUCCAAAUAUCCAACAAAAAGUAUAUGAAGAGUUGUUACAAAUAUUUGGUGGUGAUAAAGAUAGACCAAUUACUACGCAGGAUAUUAAAGAUAUGAAGUACUUGGAGUGUGUUUUAAAGGAAUCACAGCGGCUUUCACCUUCAGUACCAACAAUCACACGUUCUUGUACUGAAGAUAUCAAAAUCAAUGGUUAUACUAUUCCGCGAGGAACUACUCUUAAUCUAUUUAUUUAUGCAUUGCAUCGUGACUCGAAAAAUUUUCCAAAUCCAGAAAUAUUUGAUCCAGAUAGAUUUCUUGCAGAAAAUUGCAUUGGAAGACACCCAUUUGCAUUUUGUCCAUUCUCGGCUGGCUCACGCAAUUGCAUUGGCCAGAAGUAUGCUCUGAUAGAAUUGAAGGCAGUAAUAAGCCGAGUGAUUAUGAAUUAUCGGAUUACAUCAAUAGAUCCUCCAGACAAGAUUACCUAUAAUUUUUUGUUGGUUCUUAGACCGAUGGAAGGUUUUCGAUUGAAAAUAAGACCUAGAGAGUAAUUUCUGUCAGUUUAAUUGUUGUAAUAAUUGAAAUUACUUGUUCGGUGGA